GUGCAGUUGACUAGACGUACUUGAUCUAUAAAUGGCUCCUCAAAUUAAAUAUACAAAAAUUUUUGUAGACAACGAAUGGGUGGAUUCCAAAAGUGGGAAGACAUUCGAGACUUAUAAUCCUCAUGAUGGAUCUGUGAUUGCAAAAGUAGCAGAAGGAGAUAAGGUUGAUAUAGAUGUGGCGGUGAGGGCCGCACAUCGAGCGUUUCAUCGCAAUUCGGAAUGGCGCCUGAUGGAUGCAUCGGAACGUGGUCGGAUUCUUCAGAAGUUUGCGGAUCUGGUAGAGCGAGAUGCUAAAUAUCUUGCAGAACUCGAAAGUUUUAACAAUGGGACGGUGCUAAGUUUCUCUCAUAGUAUGAUAGCAAUGGUUUUACCAGUCAUUCGAUACAUCGGAAGUUUAAGUGAUAAAAUUCAGGGAGACACCGUGCCAGCAGAUGGCGAAGUCUUCAGCUACACUUUGAAGCAACCCGUCGGAGUUUGUGGACUAAUUUUGCCAUGGAAUGCUCCAAUUGCUAUGUUCAUUAAUAAAGUCACUUCAGCCCUUGCCGCUGGUUGCACAGUGGUCGUGAAACCAGCAGAACAGACACCGCUGACGGCUUUAGCUUUGGCAGCACUGCUUGCGGAAGCUGGCGUUCCCAAGGGCGUCGUCAACGUGGUGCCCGGUUUUGGAAAAACGGCCGGUGCUGCUCUCACACACCAUCCGGAUGUUGCUAAAAUUUCAUUCACAGGCUCUGUUGUGGUUGGCAAGGAAAUACAACAAGCUGCAGGAGUCAACAAUCUUAAAAGGAUCACUUUGGAGCUGGGUGGCAAAAGCCCACUUAUUAUAAUGAACGAUGCCGAUUUAACAGUGGCUGUACCGUAUGCUGCUUUGGGUGUAUUUACAAUGCAAGGACAAGUUUGUAUCGCCGCGUCGCGGUUGUACGUCCAAUCAGAUAUUUAUGACAAGUUUGUGGAGGCAGCAGUCAAACACGCCAGAUCAAUUAAAAUUGGAAAUCCAGCCGAUCCCACUACGCAACACGGGCCACAGGUGGACGAGACUAUGAUGAAAAAAGUUUUAGGAUAUAUUGAAAAAGGCAAACUAGAAGGUGCUAAAUUAAUGACCGGGGGCAAGCGUGUCGGACACGAGGGUUACUAUAUCGAACCUACAGUAUUUGCUGAUGUGAAGGACGACAUGACCAUAGCCAAGGAAGAGAUUUUUGGACCAGUUCAGAGUAUUCUAAAAUUCGAUACUCUAGAGGAGGUAUUGGAGCGAGCUAACAGCACCAGCUAUGGUCUUUCUGCUGGUAUUUUCACCACGAACCUCAACACGGCUUUACAGUUCACUAAACACGUUGAGGCUGGCACAGUUUGGGUGAACAAUUAUUUAAAAAUAGAUCCACAUGUUCCAUUUGGUGGUUUUAAGGACUCUGGACUUGGCCGAGAAUAUGGCCUUUAUUGUUUGGAUCCGUAUUUAGAAGUGAAGACUGUGAUUGUAGCGCUGUCCAAGAAACUUUAAAAUUAACUAAAACAUCAUUUAAUUACACACACACACACACAUGCACAGAUAUCUAUUGCCUCCAGUAUCGUAAAGUGGAAG